AUGAGGACCAAUCGUAGUACCAUCCUGGCGGGUCGCAAGGUAGUGCUGGUGCCAUAUCGCAAACAGCAUGUGCCUCGCUAUCACGAAUGGAUGAAGGAUCCAUUGAUCCAGGAGCAGACAGCUUCCGAGCCGCUCUCGCUCGAGGAAGAGUACGAAAUGCAACAGUCUUGGGCCGUCGACGAGGACAAGCUCACAUUUAUCAUCUUGGCUCUGCCAGAAAUAACUAGCUCAAAAGGGGAAGCUUCUUCAAUAGAGUUCUGCAAAGCGCAAGAUCUGGUGUCCAAAAGCAAGAUGGUUGGCGACGUGAACAUCUUCUUCAAUGCGAGACACGAAGACGAGGAGGAUGAAGAGGUGGACAAGACGCAAGGCAAUGGAGCGAAACAAAGAAGUAAUGCCUUCGAUGCCGAAUGCGAGAUCAUGAUCGCAGAGCACAGCUAUCGACGCCAAGGAAUUGCUCGAGAGGCGCUACAGAUGAUGUUCGCAUUCGUCACGACACGACCUACACCAGUCGCUCAAGCAUCAUCAGAUACUGGACAGAGCAACGCGGCGGAACUAGCAAAGUCUAACGAUCUCUUCGAAUCGCUCGGCUUCACCCGCCAAAGCGUCAGUGAGAUCUGGAAAGAAGUCGAACUGCGCUUCACAAGCAUCGAUUCGAAGUUGCACGAUCAGAUCGCUAACUCAAUACAAAACGUCUUCUACUUGUCAGACGAAUAG